UUAAUAUGAAGUGUUGUUAUGAAAAACAAGUUUGUGGAAAAUUUUCUAUGAGCAUUUAUUCAGUUAUUGCUAUUCUGUGAAUAUGGAGUGUUUGAUAAUCAGUGUAAUUUUGAUUUUAUGUGAGUUUAGCCAAUCUCUAGCAGAUCCAGUAGUUUCAAUACCAAAUGGUAAAAUCAGAGGAACUGAACUUAAAACCAAUUCUAACAACUCAUAUUUUGCCUUUUGGAAUAUACCUUAUGGUCAACCGCCAUUGGGUCGCAACAGGUUUCAGGCUGCUGAGCCGGCUAAAUCAUGGACAGGAAUCAGAGAUGGUACUCAAGAAGGAAAUUCUUGUAUUUAUAUGAACUCCUUUUCGUUUUAUCCAAAUCCUGGAGUACAAGAUGAAGAUUGUCUUUAUAUAUCUGUGUAUACACCUGAUCUAAAUAUAUCCUCAAAUCUACCAGUUAUGUUCUGGAUCUAUGGUGGUGGUUUUCGAGCUGGCAGUGGUUUUCGAGCUGGCAGUGGCGUUUUCAGAUUCUACGGCCCACAAAAUCUCAUCGAUGAAAAAGUAAUUGUGGUCACCUUUAAUUACAGACUAGGUCCUCUUGGAUUUCUAUCUACUGGCGACCAUGUAAUACCGGGAAAUGCUGGCUUGAAGGACCAACUUUUAGCAUUACAAUGGACUAAAAGUAAUAUUAAAUAUUUUGGUGGCGACCCUAAUAUGAUUACGAUAUUUGGAGAAAGUGCUGGUGGGAUGUCUGUGGGAUUGCAUUUGGUCAGCGAAAAAUCGAAAGGACUUUUCCGAGCUGCUAUUUGUCAUAGUGGAUGUACAUUAAGUACCACGUUAUCCUUAGAUCCAAAAUCAUUUAUUUAUAAUUACACACACUCUAUAAAUCCAAAUAUUACUGAAGCCAAUUCCACAGAAGAAUUAAGGAGCUUUCUAGUUGAUGUUGAGCCUAAGACAUUGAUGAGUUACGCUUUGCAAGUUGACCAACAUCUUUUUGUUCCAGUUUUGGAACCCCCAAGCGAUGGAGCUUUUUUAAAAGAGCCACUUUAUGGACUUGUGGAAAGUGGUAAGAUAAAUGGUGAAGCUCUUUUGAUAGGAACCAAUUCUGAAGAAUCACUAGCAUUUAUUAGCCAGAAAAAGUUGCUCCCUUUGGCAAAAUUAUAUGACAGAAAUAUGACGAUGUUGCUACCAGCACAAACUGAGUUGAAAAAUAAUGUUGAUAUUUUGGAAGCAUGUGAUUUUAUUAAAAAUAUAUAUUUAAGUGGUCGUGAGCAGUUUCAAGAUAAUCUUGCCAAGUUCCUUGGGUAUUACAGCGAUAACGAAUUUGUUAGAGCGAGCUUGAAGCAAAUCCAAUUGCAGAGUAAAUUUCAAAAAGUAUAUGCAUAUCGAUUCUCGUUUUAUGGAACCACUAGUGAGACACGAGAUUAUCUCGUAGACGGAGCUGGAAAAGUUGGACAUUUCAGUGAGCUUUCAUACCUUUUCAACAUGACUCAAUAUCCUUUGAAAACAGAGGAAGAUGAUUUAGUUCGCAGAAAGUUUGCUAAGCUUUGGGCUAAUUUUGCAACAUAUUUGGACUUAGCUCCUGAAGAAACUCCACUACUUGAUAAUGUAAUGUUGCCAAGAAGUACUCCAGAAUUUACCUAUUUACUUAAUAUUGAUAAAAAUUUAUCAGUCAUGGUAAAUCCACAAAAGGAAAGAAUGAUAUCUUGGAGCAAGUACUGGGAAAAAUUUGUUCAAGAACCUUUUACAACUUUUUAAAUAAAUGUCCAUCCUACAUCUAUAUUACAACUUAAUAGGUUCAGAUCUAAUCUAAUAUAAAUAUGCUUUUUUGUCACUAA